UGUCACCUAAAAUUCGACGUUAGGGAAGCCGCGUUGUUGUUUUGUAAAUAAUUAUUUGUGUUUGAUUUGCAAUUUAAUUUUACGACUACCAAUAACAAAUACACAAGUAUAUUUAUUUAAAAUGGGAGAUGAAGAUGUAAUUCGUAGAAGACUUUUAAUAGAUGGUGAUGGAACAGGCGAUGAUAGGAGACUUAACGUACUACUGAAAACAUUGAUAAAAUGGUCAACGAGCACCGACGAAAAAGCUGAAGAGAGUAAGGCUACUCAUGAUCGUAUGCUGGCGCAAUUAGCACAGUGCGAAUUUGCAGUAACGAAAUCUCAAUUGGCCUCAGAAAUGAUGUCUGCAGAAUUAAAAAGUUACGAAGCCAUGUCUAAAGUACUCGAAAAAUCUAUCGAAGUUGCCAAAAAUAACAUAGACAAGAGUAAAGCAGAUUUUGUUCAAGCAAAGACAGUCCGUAAAAAUCGCAUAGAGUAUGAUGUUCUGGCAAAGGUAAUUAGUGAACAGCCAGAUAGAAAAGAGACUUUGGAACGGCUGAGCACCUUGAAAACUGAUUUAUCAAGUUUGGAAGCCAUAAAACAGCAGUUGGAAAGUCGUUUAGCUUUGAGGAAGAAGCAGUUUCAUGUCUUGGUUACUUCUAUUCACCAAUUGCAAGCUCUAUUAGAUGAGCCGGAUGACACAGAAUCAGUAUCUGAUGACAUAGAUAUGAAAGACAUUUUAAAUGAAUCAUAAAUUAGUUUUAAUGUUAAAUGUAACAUGUGUUUAAGGAAAAAUACUUUCAUUUACUACUAAAUAAUUUAUAAUUAUUACAGAGUUUUUAAUUUCUUGUACUAAAAGUUUUUGACAGCAUCUCACACCAAAAAGUGUAGACUGAAUUCAUUUAAAUUUGUGAUGACAAUAAGCUCAAUACAAAAGUGCAGAACUGUAAAGUUUCAAGAAUAAAUGAUAUUUUCUGGCAAACCUA